AUGGCAGCCGGGGAGACGCAGGUCUACGCAAAGGUCAACAGCAAGCUCAAGGGCCGCAGUGCCGCCUCGCUCCUGGACCCCCUGGUGGGGAUGGGCUUCCCGGCACACACCGCGCUGAAGGCGUUGGCAGCCACCGGGAGAAAGACAGCAGAAGAAGCAGCUGAGUGGCUGCGCUGUCAUUGCAAUGACCCUUCUCUAGACGACCCCAUCCCCCAGGAGUUUGCCCUGUUCCUCUGUCCCACGGGGCCCCUGCUGGAAAAGCUUCAGGAGUUCUGGAGAGAGAGCAAGCGUCAGUGUACAAAGAACAAAGCGCAUGAGGUCUUCCCUCACAUAACGCUCUGCGACUUCUUCACGUGUGAAGACCAGAAGGUAGAGUGUCUGCACGAGGCUCUGAAGAGAGCUGGAGACAGGAUGCUGGGCUCCUUCCCUUCGGUGGUCCCUCUCGUUCUCCAUUCUUCCAUCAGCUACCUUGGCUUCUUCGUGACUGAAAGCGCGGCAGAAGUCAUCCGGGAAUUCGCCACGAUAUUUGCCACAGAAGCAGCCACCUUAGCAGACUGCACCGUGAAGCCCUGCACCAAGCAGCUGCAUCUCACACUGGCCCACAAGUUCUACCCCCACCACCAGAGGACGCUGGAGCAGCUGGCCAAAGCCGUGAACCCAGGUCACAGCUGCCAAUGGACCGCAGCCCUGUACUCACGGGACAUGCGCUUUGUACACUACCAGACCCUGAGGGCCAUAUUUCAGUACAAACCCCAGAACGUGGACGAGCUGCCACUAAAUCCUGGUGACUACAUCUUUGUGGACCCCACCGAGCAGGAGGAAGCCAGCGAGGGCUGGGUCAUUGGGCUCUCACAGCGGACCGGCUGCCGGGGCUUCCUGCCGGAGAACUACACGGAGCGAGCCAGAGAGUGUGACACCUGGGUGAAGCACAGGACAUACACCUUCAGUCUAGCCAUGGACCUGAACUCCAGAAAGGAUGGGGAAGCCAGCAGCAGACAAAAUGGGGAGCUCCAUCCUCCACCAAGGCCCCGGGGUGCCGGCAGCAUGCAGGCUUUACAGGCCACCAUCGCGAGGAGACAUGUGCUGGUGGUGCGCCAUGGGGAGAGAGUGGAUCAAAUCUUCGGGAAGUCAUGGCUGCAGCAGUGCUCCACUCCGGACGGAAAAUACUACCGGCCAGACCUGAACUUCCCUUGCAGCCUGCCCCGACGGAGCACUGGCCUCAAAGGCUUUGAAAACGAUCCGCCAUUAUCGUCUUGUGGAAUUUUCCAAUCCAGGAUGGCAGGAGAAGCACUACUGGACAGCGGCGUCCGAAUCACCUCCAUUUUCACCUCCCCAGCCCUCCGCUGUGUGCAGACAGCCAAACACAUCCUGGAAGAGCUCAAACUGGAGAAAAAAAUGAAGAUAAAAGUGGAGCCUGGAAUCUUUGAAUGGACCAAAUGGGAAGCCGGCAAAAGCGCCCCUACCCUCAUGACCCUGGAAGAGCUGAAAGAGGCCAAUGUCAACGUCAGCACUGAGUACAGGCCCGCGUUCCCUUUCGCCUCCCUCUUGCCAGCUGAGAGCUACAACGAGUAUGUGCGCAGGUGCGCGGUGAGCGUGGACCGCAUGGUCAGCAGCUGCCCUCAGGACGCAGGUGUUGUCCUGAUAGUGGGCCAUGGCUCGGCGCUGGACGCCUGCACGCGCCCGCUCCUUGGGCUGCCGCCCCGGGACUGCGCGGACUUUGCCCAGCUCGUGAGAAAGAUCCCUUCUUUGGGAAUGUGCUUCUGCGAAGAAAAUAAAGAGGAAGGAAAGUGGGAGUUGGUGGCCCCUCCCGUGAAGACGCUGACCCAUGGCUCCAACUCCGGGUUUAACUGGAAGAACUGGAUCCUGGGCAACUGA